GAAAAGUUUCAAUUGAAGGAUGUGGUUUCAGCUAAUUUUUCACAAAUAAAAAUAGAUCAAUUAUAGAAUGUGCCGGUUCCAAAAAAUCCACAUUAGUUUAUAAUUGCGGAUGCGAUGUUAUUUUUAGAAAAAAAAGUGUUUCUUGCCAACACAGUGCCUUUAAAUUUAGAAAGGAUUUUAAAAUAUUUAUUUGUUAUGUUAAAUAUGAUGGAAAGUAUUCUUGACGACAUAAUAAGUUUGCAUAAAGCUAAAAAAUGGGAGGCUAUUUUGAAAUUAAGAAAUGAACACUGUGACCAUUUAAGUGCUUUAAAAAUUUUAUGGGUAUGGCCCAGCACAACGAACCUUACAUUCUUAAAAAAUGUUAUGUGGAAUUACAACAUGAAGGGUGUUAUUUCUUUAGGAUGUGGAUGCGGUUUGCUUGAAUGGAUCAUAGAACAAGCUACAGGUUAUCCUGCUAUAGGAUAUGAAAUCAACGAAGAGUGGUGGGAAAGUAAAUACUCAAAUCCGCAAUUUAUUCCACUGAAGUACGCUGAAAAAGAAAAACCAGUACUCCAUAGUGCAUAUGCAUUAUUAUUUUGUUACUUUAACGACGGAUCCGCAUUUCGAGAUUACAUCAAGUCAUAUAAAGGCAGAAUGGUUAUCAUCAUAGGUCCAGGCGAAGGCAGUGGAAGACACGCCGACCCCCUACCAUUUUCUGCGGAGUUUGGAGAAUCUAACUGGAAAAUUUUUCAACACCAGGAAGUGCGAGAUACCAAGGAUUUUAUUGCAAUUUAUCUUAGAAAAUGA